CGUGACUAACCUAAAACACAUGAUGCCUACAAAAAAAACUGCUGUCAUAACAAUUAUAUUUUGAAAAUUAUGGCAAUUAAUCGUCCAACAUUUACAACAAAGCAUAACGAAAAUUGAGCUAGAUAACAAAGACUCGUGAUAAAAAAUGCGAUCGCAUACCAAAGAGUUUAAUUAACUAAUAUAUUAAUAUGAGGAGUCUGGAACCAUUCGCUUAAAUUAUGGAAAAGGAAUUCGUCGGUGCAGCGAUAGAGAAUCUCUAUCCGGCUCUGUCGCAAUGCUUUGCGAUUAUUAUUUGCGGUUAUUUUGCCGGAAGAACGAAUCUAAUCUCAGAAACGGAGGCGAAGGGUAUAAACACGUUCGUUGGCACUUUCGCCUUGCCCUCGCUAAUUUUUAUGUCUCUUGCCGAGCUGGACCUUCAUGCUGUGAACUGGAUAUUUCUUUUAUCCAUACUGAUUUCGAAAAGUAUUGUGUUUUUUUCUGUGAUAGUUGUAACCUUAUUAGUUGGUAGACCCGUAAAUUUAAGUAGAGCUGGCAUUUUUGGCAUAUUUUGCACCCAAAGCAAUGACUUUGCUGUAGGAUAUCCCAUUGUGGCGGCUUUGUAUAAAAACACCCACCCAGACUAUGCGUCUUACUUAUAUUUGAUGGCGCCGAUUAAUUUGGCUAUAUUGAAUCCCAUAUCAUUUGUUUUGAUGGAAAUUAGUAAAAGAAGACACUCUGUGGCACCAGACGAGCUGUUGUUACAUAGCGACAUGACUGACUCUAUGGCCUUACACAAAGAAAGAUGUAAAAUGGGUGUCAGCGUCGCUAAAAAUAUUUUCUUAAAUCCCAUCAUAUUGAUGACUGUAUUAGGGAUUAUCGGUAAUUAUGCUUUCAAGCACAGUGUUCCCCUGUAUCUGGCUGGCAUUCUGAAUGGUUUGGGUUCAGCUUUUUCAGCCAGCGCCCUGUUCCUGUUGGGCUUGCGGAUGGUAGGCAAAGUACACCAACUGCGGGGCGCUACUCUUGUCGUUCCCGGCAUAUUAAUCAUGGCCAAAUUGAUCGUCCUGCCUGUGGUCACCAGGGAAAUGAUUACCCUGCUGAACGCAGGCUACAACAAAUCCGAAACGUUGGAUCUGAGUACUUACGGCUUUUUCUACGGCACGUUUCCCUCCGCACCCGGAGUUUUUGUGUUUUCCACUCAAUAUGGGGUCGAUGUAGACUUGAUAGCUAGCGCGAUGGUGGCAUGCACGUUCCUCAGCGCUCCGCUGAUGUUUGUGUCGGCUAAAAUGAUAACCCUGACCAACUGCGACCCGUCCGAGUACAUAAAGCAGCUCGAUUCGUUCAUAUUUGACGUCAGCAUUGUGGGCGUGGUCGCCUGCUUCUGGGUCGUUUUGAUUUUCGUCCUGACGAAGAAAAUAGCCAAGAUUCCGCACAAGAUCACAGCCUGUCUGGUCGUGUCACACUUCGUCAGCUGCUUAGGAGCGAUAUUGUGGAACGUCAUACAGACGAGGCACCGCUACGUCCAGUUCGUCUUCUUCACCGCCGGAGUUUACAGUUCCAGGUUGUGGACCGCCAUCUUGUCCAUUACCCUGUUGUUUUUGCAGUGCCGAAGUUUGUGUUUUGUUCUCAAACUGCUCCCGGCGUUUUUCGUCACCGGGUGGGGGGUUCCAAUUAUUGCAUGUACCGCUCUGCUAGUUUUCGAUAAGACAUCGAGGGUGUCCGUCCAGGACAAUCCCAACUUCGCUUACGGCGCGCCGCAGGCGAUAAUAUCCGUGUCCCUGCUCAUAUUAUGUUUUGUGGUGACCGCGGGUUGCCUAAUCCUGCACCAACGCUACCACCGACGUUACAGCAGGUACCUCGACCUGGUCAACGAUAUAACGUCGGACUUUGACCCUAACUUGACGUCAGAGGGCGAGUCGGCGUCUUCGACGUCGAUCAACGUCAGCCCGAACCAGUCUUGCAGCUCGGACAGCGGCGUGAGCUGCACAAAAACUUCCAAAUGCUGUGGCCUGCCGACCAUAAAAGAAGGUCAGUCCGAAGACAAGGAGGUCGUCGACAUCGAGGAUCUGUUGAACACUUCGGGCCAGAGCAAACGAACCUCCACCGAGUCGAUUCUGAACUCGAUGAGUCCGCAACAGAACGAGCUGUGCCCCACCAAGUUUGGUUGCGAGGGGCCACAACGGGAGACGUGCAAGGGCGUGGUGAGGCAGUAUCGGGAACAGAUCGAUGAAGACCUGGAACCGAUCGAAGAAGACCCAGAGUCGCACGAUCCGCAGAUAUUCAGGCACAUCGUGUUGUUGAUUUUGCUACUGUGUUCGAUGUUCGUGGGCUUGGCUCUGUCGAUAUGGACGCUGGUGAUGGAGCAGAUAUCGGGCAUAUACGUGGAGUUGUCAUUUUUGGACGCCAUUUUGAACUUCGGUCAGAGCUUCAUAGUUUUCGUGAUAUUCGGGUUGGAUACCAAAGAGGUGGUGCUGCCGCUCGUCAAAUUUUGGCGCAAGAUGUGGUAUGGGGCGAACACCUUGUCCCUGCCCGCCUGGGACGAGCUGGGUGCCGAAACUAAACACGUGUGCGACCAAUUCGUGACGCAUCAUCUGCAGAGUUGCCGCCAAACCAUCGCCGCCGAUCGGAGAUGGAGGCUGAAGACUUAUAAGAACGUCUUCACCGGAACACGGUUCGUCGACUGGAUGGUAGAGGUCGGUUUGGCGAGAGACCGGGUCGAGGCUGUGAAUUACGGAAGACACCUUAUCGAAGGCAAAGUCUUGAAGCACAUUAACGGAGUGUACCAUUUCUACGACAGAGGUCUGUUAUACACUUUUGUUUAGGUGGCGUUUGACCUCCAAGCGAGUUUCAAUAGUCUCUUAGCGUUUUCGAUUUUAUUUAUCAGUGCGAUAAUCAGAAUUUUAAAUUAUUUUUUUAAGGCAUGUGUGACGUAAAUAUUAGGCUAAGUUCAAAGAUAAACCACAUCGAACAUUACUUAACACAAAAGACUAUUUUUUUGCAACGUCGGUUGUUAUAUAAAACGCUUACGUAGUUUAAUGAAAAAGUUACCGUGGGCGCAUAGUGUCAGCCACCCUAUGCGCAAUGAGAGUUAUUUCCAAUGUUGUUAAGUCUGAUCCAGACAAUAGAGUUAAUCAGAA